GCAAAGCCCCUCCCUCCCUGUAGAAGCUUCCACAUUCGCCCAGCAAUGCACCGGGUCGCCAUGGCUAUGGGGAUCCCUCGGCGGAGCGCCCUGCUGCUCCUGUCGCUGCUGCUCUGCUUGGCCCUGGAGAGCAGCUGCGCUUUGCACACCAAGGGCGCACUGCCCCUCGACGCCAUCACCUUCUACAAGGUGAUCCCGAAGCACAAGUUUGUGCUGGUGAAAUUUGACACCCAGUAUCCUUACGGAGAGAAGCAGGAUGAGUUCAAAAAGGUGGCCGAAAGCUCAGAAUCCAGUGACGAUUUGUUGGUGGCCGAGGUGGGGAUAUCAGAUUAUGGUGACAAGCUGAACAUGGAACUGAGGGAGAAGUACAAGCUUGAUAAAGACUCUUACCCGGUUUUUUACCUGUUCCAAGAUGGCGACCUGGACAACCCUUUGCCUUACUCUGGGCAGGUCAAAGCGAGCUCCCUGCAGCGCUGGCUGAAGAGCCGGGGGAUCUACAUGGGGAUGCCGGGGUGCCUGAAGGAGUUCGACACCUUGGCCAGCAAAUUUGUGGGGGCCACGAAAGAGCUGGAGCGCCAAGCCCUCCUGGAAGAAGGGCGGAAGCUCCUGGCCAGGGCGAAGGAGACAGAGCAGAAGUCCUCGGAGCAGUACGUCAAGGUCAUGAGCAAAAUCCUCGCCCAGGGGGACCAGUUUGCCGCCAGCGAAGUCUCCCGGAUCAGCAAGCUCAUUGAGGAGAACAAGAUGAGCGAGGGCAAGAAGGAGGAACUCCAGAAGCGCUUGAACAUCCUUGCUUCCUUCCAGAAGAAGACCAAGGAGGAAAAGGAGGAACUUUGACAUGCUAGAAUCUUAAGUGGGUCGAGGUCCCGAUCUGGUGCUCCUUCAUGCAAGCAAAAAUGCCCUGCUCUCUUUUAACGAAUUCCCCUCAUAGAGAAGCUUCCCACAUACACACAUGCACACCCUUUUUAAACUUUUAUUUUGAACGAAAGGCAUCCCUUAGGUGCCACUCAGAACAGUACGGAGACUGCCAUCGGUCCCAGCGCUGUUGAGAGCAUUUCAGGUAGAAGAUCCGUUAAUCCUUUGUUUCAAAAGGCAAAAAAAUAAAUAAUCUUUCCUUCCCCCUUGCCCUUUUCUCCUCCUCUAAGAAAAAAGCUUCUCCUCACAGGUGUCGUCCAUGCCAGUUGUGUUUCCAAGAUGGCCGCCCUCAGGACUUGGCGCAGCUUCUUCUUCACUGGUGGGGUUUUCAAAAUGGCUGCACUUGGAACACAAGGCGACCUGUUGUCAUUGCUUGAAUUCUCAAGGUGCAGCCAAUCCUGGCCCCACCAGGCCUGUAACAUUGUGGACCGUGCCGGCUGGCCCACAACCAACACAGAAGGCUUAUUGAGUCAUUGGGUGGGGAGAGUUGCCAGAUAUUCAUGGCGGGCUGCAGUCAGUGUGGUGAGCUCAAAAUGGCCGCCCUCAGAAUGGUGCUUGGUGUUCUGGCGGGCAAUGGAAGAAGAUGGCCGCCCUCCCUGUUUUUGUGUGAUCUGUGCUGAGGAAUUCAACCAUCCGAGCAAGCAGGGGGUGGAAUCAUUUAUGUGUGUGUGUGUGUGUGUGUGUUUUUGGGAGCCCAGGUUUGGCCAAAGCAAAACAUGCAUUUGAGAUGGGGAGGCAAAAAUGGCGUUCGUCUCUUUACUGACCAGUAUUUGCAAAAAUGUUUUUUGGAGGGGAAUUACAUGGGUACUUAAUUUGCUAAUAAAGGUUAUUGGGCGGAAAAUUCA